AUUUGCUUAGAGCUAGGCCGCCUAGCCGCCACGACCUGUUGCUGCUUGUGCUCAUGCCGUGCGUAUGCUCGCGUGCUAGCACCGAUGGGCAGUGAAUACAUGCCGUCGGGGCGCGAUUGAUGUCGGUUUGAGGCAGCCCCUCCAUCAAUAGCAACUUUUGGGCAGGUCUGAGGCAUGCGUACGGUGCUCGUCGCUGCGGCCCUCGCCCAGGCGCUGGACUACAGCGCCGUCCGAUGGGGGCCCAGCCGCCAGCAGAAGAAGCGGGGCAUCCCGCAGAACCACGGCUUCGCGGCGCUCAAGAAGGAGUUAGAUAGGAGCCUGCGGGAGAAGUGGUUCAAGGGCCGCCGGCCGCAGACGGCGGCGGGGGCCACGGAACUAUUAAGGGAGGUGCUCGGCUCGCAGGUCCGCGACCAGCUGAUCCUGAUCCGGGGCGGGCGGCUCUUCACGACCCACAAUUUCACGCACAAUACGAAGCACACCUACAUGCUGCGGCUCCUGGCCGCGGUCCAGCGCGCCGGCGGGCCGCUGCCGGACGCGUGGCUCAUGUACGAGAGCAGUUCGCGGGGCAAGUGCCACGACCUGGACGGCCUCGGCGGUCACGGUCGGCUCCUGCCGACGUUGGUGAUCGCGAAGCUGGACGGCUACGGGCAGUGCGGUAUACUGGUACCGAACCCCUACUUCGGCUUGGGGGAUAUAAACGACAUGUGGCGCCUGCAGAUUGAGGCCUUGAUGGAUGCGAACGAGACCACAAAAAAGCGCGACCCGCGCGUCUUCUGGCGCGGCGAGGUGGCGGCGCUCGCGGUGAAGCGGAAAGGCUACCCCUGCAAGAGCGAGCGGGGCAACCACGCGCGGCUCGCGGCGUUGGCGCUGACGGCCGACGACCCGUCGCACUUCGACGUCAAGUGCAAUGUGGGUUGUGAGGCCCGGGACGCGGCCAAGUGGCCGUGCCCCGGGCUGGCUUACGACGCGACGAUGCGGAAAAUUUAUGCUGAUAAUUCAUCGAUCAGGGACCCGAAGUUCUACACCGAGCCGGACUACGCGAACUACAAGUACGUCCUGAACCUCCCGGGCAAGACGGACGGGUCGUACAGCCGCAACCUCAACCACCUCUGGUACGUCGGCGCCGCGGUAUUACUGUGGGACACGCCCUCAGUGGAGUGGUAUUAUCCAGCGCUGAAGCACGGCGCGACGCACGCCGCGGUCAAUCGCACGACGGCCCGGGCCGUCGUCGCGGCGCUCGACGCGUCCCCCGAAAAGUACGCUCGUCUCCUGGCGGGCGCGCGGCGCGUCCAGCGGGAGCUGACGUCCCCGGAGGCGAUCGCGCGGUACGUGCGGCACGUCGUCGACGCGCUCCGCCGCGCGCAAGCGCAGCAUCUGAUAAAAUGGGGCGACGUCCUCGCGGGGGAGAACUGCUCCGACUUCGUCGAGGUCACCGUGGACGGCGCGCCCGCGCACGCGCGCCACCUCUGGUUCUACCAGAACGCCAGCGACGUCGCAAAUACGUCGGCGCGCGUCGGCAUGCACUACACAACCAACGUCUACGCGCCCGUGGCCUCGUGCGCGGCGAUGGUAGGAGCGGCCGUCAAGACGCGCGACACGUCAUCGCACGGAGCGAGUGUGCGCACGGACAACCCCGAGGCCGUCGGCGCGAGCGUCGGCGCGGCAGCGUCGACGUCGCCGGCCCAGGCCGCGCGCUCGUUCGAGUCGAUGUACGCGCCGAAGUCGUCGUCCGCGACGGCCCCGGGUUCCUCGUCAAGCUGCGACCGGUGGCCGCGGCCCUACCACUGCAUGACCUCUUCUAGUGGGAUAAAUUAGUAUGUGAAUGAA